AUGAACUUGAAAAAUGGUCAGGAAGUUGUGGUCACAGAGAAAUUGGCAGAAAUUGGGAUUGAAAGAAAGACUAAAUCAGGUCUCAAAUCUUCAGUGAAUGAGAAUGAUUUGGAAAAAGCGCUUCGUCAAAUUGGUGAUAAGGACCAAAAGACCCAGAACCUUGAAGCCUUAUUACAGGAGAGUAAAGAAAAUACUUCUUUCCUAGAAAGGGAAAGAGAAGAUUUUAUGCAAAAAUUCAGGCUGGUAACUCAACUAAAGGCCCAGGAGAAUUUGCAUGACCAGGUGCAAGAGCAGAAGGCGCUUCUUAGAGCUGCACAAGACUGUGUCCUCUCCCUAGAAGCCAGCAUCAAUGAAUUAAAUAGUCAAUUAAGUGAAAGAAAGGAGAAGGUCUCCCAGCUUGACAUACAGAUUAAAGCCAAAACUGAAUUAUUACUAUCAGCAGAAGCAGCAAAAACUGCUCAAAGAGCAGAUCUUCAAAAUCAUUUGGACACAGCUCAAAAUGCAUUACAAGAUAAACAGCAGGAGUUAAAUAAAGUCACUACUCAACUGGCUCAGGUCACUACAAAUUUUCAGGAUAAGCAAGAACAUUGCAGUCAGGUGAAAAGUCAUCUUAAAGAAUAUAAAGAGAAACAUCUCUCUUUAGAACAGAAAACUGAAGAAUUAGAAGGUCAAAUUAAGAAAUUGGAAGCUGAUUCACUUGAAGUUAAAGCAAGCAAGGAGCAAGCUUUGCAGGAUGUACAACAGCAAAGACAACUGAACACAGAUUUAGAGCUUAGAGCUACAGAAUUGAGUAAACAACUUGAAAUGGAGAAAGAAACAGUAUCCAGUACAAAGUUGGAUCUACAGAAGAAAUCUGAAGCACUUGAAAAUAUUAAGCAAGUGCUUACCAAGCAAGAAGAAGAAAAAAAAAUCCUUAAACAAGAAAUAGAAAAUUUAAGUCAAAAUGCAAAAAUGCAGCAGAAAGAAUUGAAUAACAAAAUUCAAGCAGCAGCGACAGAACUACACAAAGUGCAGAUGGAGAAAGAAACUCUAGUAACAGAGCUUUCUGCAGCAAAAGAGGAAUUAUCAAAAGUUUCUGAUUCUUUGAAGAACUCCAAAAGUGAAUUUGAAGAGGAAAGUCAGAAGGGGAAAGCUGCUAUAUUAGAUAUGGAGAAAACCUGCAAAGAUUUAAAGCAUCACCUUCAAGUACAGAUAGAAUGUACACAUAAGGAACAGAAUGAACUGAAAAAAUCACUUGAAAAGGAGGAGGAGACUUCUCAUCAGUUGAAAUUGGAGCGCAAUUCAAUACAGGGACAACUGAUGCAGGCCCAGAAUAGUUUAAAACAAAAGGAAAAAGAAGAACAACAACUUCAGGGUAAGAUAAAUGAGUUAAAGCAACUGACUGAACAGAAGAAAAAGCAAAUUGAAGCACUCCAAGGAGAGAGUAAAAGGAAAGCAGAAGUCCUCAAGCUCAGAAUGUGUUUGGUCGAGGAUCGAGGAACUGAAAUGGAUUGGCAUGGUUUGGGCCAAAAGAAGACGGAAUUCAGAGAGAAGCAGCUCUUCUUUUAGCUCUCAGCCAUGCUUCCUGCCUUGCCACGACUGCAUUAGAGCAGUCCACGCUAUGAAUAUCCUGCUGAUAGCUGUCUGGUUCCCAGCCUUCAGAACAUGAAAGGCAAGUGUCUUGGUUCCCUUCUUGGGGCUCUUCGGGCAGCAUGGUUGGGCGCACAUCUUUUUGGAUGGAAUGCAUCCCCUUCAGAUGCUGGGUGAGUGUCUGUGGAAAUCUGGGGGAGAACCUGACCCGAUCGGCCCAGCAGGGACCCCAGGAGCUGCGGGCCCCUCAACCCCUCUGACAACUUCAGAAUAGCUUCCCCAGGGGAGAUGCUUCACCAGGACGAAAAACACCUUGAGAUAGCUCAGAGUUGUGACAGCUUUGGUCACUAGGGGUGACUUGAGCCCGAUGCUAAGGCCGCUGUGUCAACUGCCUCUCUUCCCUGUCUUUCUCUCUGAAUUCUUUUGGUGUCU